AUGCUGUUCUCCACAGUCACUGCGGCCCUUCUCUGUGUCGCAACUGCCACUGCAGCUGCUCUACCAUUGCCUGGCAAGCCACAAACAUACACUCCCGCGCGGAACCUCAAGACCCUCUCCAAACUCUUUCCCCAGAGUACUCUUACUAGCCCAGACACUCUCGGCCUAGACCUAAAGUACGUUGUCCUCGGUAUCGGCACACAAAACUACACAUGUAGUACGCCCGACGACAGCGUGACUCCUGGUACCACUGGUGCAUACGCUACCCUAUACGAUAUCGGCACGAAGCUCAACGACGACAAGAUGGCCAAAUGGAAGAUUGGCUCCAUUUCGCCUCUUGCACUCUCGCUGAGCGAAUGGGCACCUCAAGUUGUUGACAUGAGCCUCAGGUCGCAGGGCUACGAACAUAUCGCCGGUCAUCACUUCUUCGCCGAUGUGUCAGGAACAAACACGCCAACAUUCGCUUUCGACAAGUUGAGCGCACCCUUCCCCAUGACCCAAGUGGCCAAGAUAGGCAACGUCGAUGCACCAGCACACGCAUGCCCAGGCAAGAAUGGCCUACCUGCUGUUCAGUGGCUGUAUCUCCAGCACAAGGCUGGUAUCACUCAAGGAGGAAUCGACACUGUCUACCGUGUCGAGACUGCUGGUGGUAACAAGCCUGCUACUUGCAAGGGCAUGCCAGCUUCUUGGGAGGUCAAAUACGCUGCGCAAUAUUGGGUCUAUGGUCCAAAGUAG